UUCCUCAAUAAAUAAAAUUAUACUCACGAAAAAAAUAUGGGUCGCAAAAAGGAGAAGCACAACGCGAAAAUUGGGGAAGCUAACGUUAAGAAAACAACAAUUAUGCGGUUUUUAAUUGAUCAGUUGGAUGGUUUCACUGACAAGCUGUUCGUGUGCCAGGCAGAAAAGUACAACUGGACAACCCAUUUCUACCGCGGACAGUUCUUCGAUGAAGAUUACCUAAUCGUAGACAUUUACUGCCACUCCUCGAUUCCAAGUUGGAGUUGUGAUGCAAGAACCGAAGUGAAAUUCUGGAAUACAACUAUUCAGGAUAUUGAGCAUCAUUAUGAAAUGAAGAGAAAUUGUAUGUCAUGUCCCCCAUUCAUUAAAUGGAAGGAUUUAAUAUCACGUGAGAAUAAUUACGUGAGGAAUGGAAGAAUCGUCUGCGAAGUUUUGAUAUCGGAAGUACCGAAGAAAGCUAAUAAGAAUCAAGCUGUCAUUGUAAAGGAAUAUCCGGGAAUUCGAAAUUUGGAGAUUCUAGUGGAAAAGUCAAAGUUUCACGUUAAUAUGGAACUGCUAGCAUUCACUUCCAAGUUUUUCGAAAAAGAACUGGCCAGAGGAAGAUUGAACACGGCCGAUCCUUAUAUUCUAGAAGACAUUACGCCGAUUGAUUUCAAGCUCUACAUGGACUUGACUUAUCAUCCAAAACAAUAUUUUUCAGGUAACGGUUCUGUUUGAAGUUUUUGCGUAAAAUUAACGGUGGAGCGCCUGCAUGUACACAGAUACAGCAUAUCACGCUAAAGACAUUCUUCAAAUUGCUAAAAGGUUCAACAAUUUGGAAGUAGUGACCACUUGUCAGAAUGUUAUUUUGGAGGAUUUGAAUGAGAAUAAGUUGAGCACCAAGAACAAGACAAAACUGGCAGAGUCUUACGAUUUGGAUACUGUUAGGGAACUAUUCAAUCCGAAUACUAUGACACAACCAUCUGCACGGCCUCGCUUCAUGGCUCCGGACAAAUUUAGAGAGAAACAACCAACUGAUGCAGAGAUGGAAGGGAUCAGUGAACUAUUCGCGGAGCCUUGGGACAAUCAGUGCCAUUGUAAAUCAAAAGGUGGAAAAGAGAACUUUGAUGAGAAGCUGAAGAUUAAAGUGGAAAAUCAAACAGAAAAAGAGGAAGACGAUGAGGACUAUGACAUAUCAAUGCCAUCAACGUCUGGGUGCUGAUUAGUGAACAGCUCGUGAUAAUUGAUUUUUGAUCUGUGAAAUACACAAAUUAUUGUUUGAAUGUUUGAUUUUUUUUUUGAUUUUGCUGGUUUCAUUUAUUUCUCAAGAAUAUUCGUGGAAAAA